CCAACACAUAAUCGAGUUUUUAAUAGAUUUAACGAAAAAGAAUCGAAAAUAUGUGACAGGAAUACGUGCAAUCAAAGAUUUUUUGCAAGUCGUUUUCUCAAGUAACGUUCCAUAUCUCAAAGGUCAAGUGAAUCGGUGUUACAAAGUUUAUAUUGAGCCGGAACUGCCGAAAACUCAAGCCAGCACAUCGAAAACGACAGUGGUGCCCAAUGAAAAUGCAAAAAUUGUAAAUUUUUGGUGCUUCAGUCCAAAAUUUGGAAUGCAAUACUUACUCAAUAAGGGCAUUCGAUGUUUCAUUUUGACAAGCGGAACUUUGGCCCCUCUGCCAGCUUUAAUACAAGAACUUGAAAUCGAUAUACCAAUUCAGCUCACGAAUUCACACAUUAUUGAAGCGAAUCAAGUAUUUGUCAAAGUCGUAGCAAAGGGUCCAGACGAAGUUGAACUCGAUUCCACAUAUAAAAAUCGAAAAAAUCCGAACUACAAUAAAUCACUUGGAAAUACGAUAUUGAAGUUUGCAAAAACCGUACCAGGCGGUCUGUUGGUCUUCUUUACAUCAUACUCUCUCAUGAAACAACAUAUCAUAGUUUGGAAAAGUACUCGUAUUUGGGACAAUAUUGAGAAGGUGAAGCGAAUUUUUGUGGAACCACAAACCAAACAAGAGUUACAAAUAACAAUGAAUGAUUACUAUAGAACGAACAACGAUCCCACCAGCAAAGGUGCAAUUUUUAUGGCUGUGAUGAGAGGAAAAGUUAGUGAAGGUUUGGAUUUUGCUGACAAUCAAGGACGAGGUGCGAUCAUUACCGGAUUGCCUUAUGCACCUAUACAUGACCCACGAGUCAAAUUGAAAAAAGAAUAUUUGGAUGGAAAACGAAAUGAAAGAGAUACGAUGUCCGGUAAUGUUUGGUACUCAUUGGAUGCAGUUCGAGCUGUGAAUCAAGCUAUCGGUCGUAUAAUUCGCCAUAAAAGCGAUUAUGGUGCAAUUUUAUUUUGUGAAAAACGAUUUCAUCAAACCAGAACUCAAGAAAACAUAUCUGGUUGGGUACGAGAAAAUAUGCACACUCAAUUUCAACGCUGGGAAAUUGAAAAUCUGGCUCAAUUCUACACAGAUGCCGGACAAAAUCUGCCAAAACCAGCACCAAAACAGUCAUUGGAAUCGAUUACGUUCGAUGAAAACUCAUCCGAUAUGGAUAUGUAUUGGGCUCAAUUACAAACUGAUGAUGUGGACACAUCUGAUUCAGAAGAUGAAGACAUUGCUUGUCUUGGCCGACCAAUGUCGCAGGAAAAUGAUUCGAUCAAGUUGAGCGGCCCGAUAAAGAGAAAGAGAUUGGAUGCCGAUUCCAAUUCAAGCAAAAAACCAAAUUAAAAUUUUAUUUUAUUUUCAUGACGAAAUAAAAAAAAGCCAUCAAUUUUAUAUAUUGUUAAAAUAAUCGAUAUAUGUAUAUUUCAUAUUUGUUCAUCUAAUAAACAUCAAUUGUUCACGCUCUCGUCUACAAUAUCACUUAAUUCA